AUGUCAUCCACAGUAAUACCGAGUAUUCAAAGCAUUCUUCAGUAUCUCCUGGAUCGGCCAACAACAAAUGACAAUUUUACGGAUCCACUGAUUGUUUUAGGAAACAAAUACCAACCAAGCAGUCCGUUAAAGCACAAUCCUCUUGAGCAACAGUCGUAUUUCUCUGGGUUGAACACUUUUCUAGAUGAUAUCGGGUUGAAUCUUGCCAGUUUUCAGCAGAAUAAUGGAGGUCAAACUGCAAAUGCAUGCCAAGAAGAUAUUCCAUGGCCUUCAGACUUCAUUUCCGACGUUGCGACGCGUCUCUGGUUUACAUACCGGUCAGGAUUCCCAGUUAUUAAACGUGAUCCAGAUGGCCCAUCGCCUUUAUCAUUGGGUUCUCUGUUUAGAGGCACGUUAGACGUGAAAAAUGCGUCGAUCGGCUUCACUACAGACUCUGGAUGGGGGUGCAUGAUACGAACCAGCCAAUCACUUUUGGCAAAUGCUCUUUUGAAUCUUCACGUGGGCCGGGAAUGGCGGUAUAUGCCGGCGGAAAACCCCAAUGGGGAAACGGAAUAUGCUCAAAAGUACGAGAAACAGUGGCAAAUCAUCACAUGGUUCGCCGAUUUUCCCUCGGCUCCUUUUUCUAUACAGCAAAUAGUGAAAUAUGGCUCCGAACACUGCAAAAAGAAGCCCGGAGAGUGGUUUGGGCCUUCUGCAGCUUCAAGAAGCAUCGUUUAUCUAUGCAAGCAGAGCUAUAAGGCAUGCAAACUCAAUACAUACAUCACAGAGGGAAAUGGGGACAUUUAUGAAGAUGAGUUGCUGCCUGUUUCGUGCCCAGAAGGGACUGAAAGUGUAUUUAGGCCUACUCUAAUACUCUCUGGAGUCAGAUUGGGUGUGCGAAACGUCAAUCCGGUGUAUUGGGCAUUCCUCAAAAAGCUGCUUUCAAUACACCAAUCGGUGGGAAUAGCAGGUGGCAGACCUUCAUCCUCACACUACUUCUUUGGGUAUCAGGGCGAUAACCUCUUCUACAUGGACCCACACACUCCACAAACUGCACUUUUGGCUGAUCAUGUCGAUGAUGCGGAUUACAGGGUGGAGUAUAUUGCGAGUGUGCAUACAAAGCGAAUUCGCAAAUUGGGGCUUUGUGAGAUGGACCCUUCUAUGCUAAUUGGCCUUUUGGUGACCUCACUGGAAGACUAUAAGGAGCUAAAAAGAACAAUUGCAGGUUUCAAGGAUGCCGAGCGUUUUUUGAACAUUUACGAACAUCAUCCAGUAGUCGCGUCACGUGGUUCUGCGGGUUCAGAAUUGUUCGAUGAUGAUGACUUCAUAGAUUUGGGAGUUGAGCAGAAGAAGAAAGCAGGAUUGGCAGAUGGAGAAAGCACAAAUGAAAGUUCACAUGUUGCAAAUUCAGACACGUUUGACGAAUUAAGAGAGCAUGGUUCAACCGAUAAACUACAACGCAAAAUACCAGAAAGAAGGUUUUCUCAAGCUGUAUUAGUAGAGCAUGCUGAUGCAGAAAGAGAUGAAAUAAACUUUGAUGGUGAUGCAACUAUGAUUAGUCAUAAGGAAACGGAAGAAAAGUUCGAGGAAGUGAAAAAAGGUGGUGAGGUGUGUGAUAUGACCGAAAAGGCGUGA